UCUAGACGUGACUCUUCCCCUGCCACCACUUCACACCUCAUCACGAUGCCUCAUCGCCACUGCGCCGUGGAGAUUAACAACAACUCCAGCUCCUACACUCUGGCCAACCCAAGGGUGUUCACUGAGAGCGGCCACUGUGCGGUCCCUCUGCCACCCAUGGUGGGUCCCUGCUCUGCUGGCAGCGCAAUGUUCAACAAGACCACCGGCUGUGCAACUGGAGCCGUCGGCGUCUUCACCUACGACCUUUUCAAUGCCGAUCUGAACGACUACAGCCACGUCAUGGCUGUCAUGUAUUCUGUGCCCUAUGACCGGAUGCUCUACUCCAACUGUUUUGCUGUGGGCAUCUUUGAAAGAGGAAAUGACUGCGACUACAAUCUGUAUGAUAGUAUGUAUAAUGGAGGUGAAAACAACUUUGUAAGAGCAAAAGCUGACGGCUCCUGCAUUCCUUAUGAGGGCGAUUAUGUUAUUGUCAGUGCCUCCAUGUCUGACUCAGGUGAAGCAAUCUUGAGGGUGGAUAUCAGUGAUACUGUCAUGUACUGAGUUAAUAAAGAUCCAACUGUUAUAAUGUAAACUAUACUGUAAACCGACAGUGAGUUUAAUAAAAUAAUCCAAGAACCUCAAUCAACUGUGGUGUUCAUUAAUCAAAACACUUCAAGUAUGAGUGUACACUGAAUCCUAGUUAUUGGAUGUGUGAUUUUGAAAAGCUGAUCCAUCAGAUACUGUUCUCUUUUGCAUUGUCCAUGUAUAGAUACAAUUCACCUGUAUGGGAAUUUGAGCUAAUGCAGAUUUAAUUUGGCUGAUGAUACCCCCUAAUACACACAGGUCUAGUUGAUGGGGCUGUUUCUUAUGGGUUCCAGUCUAUAAGGUUGGAAUUAUAUCAGUUUAAAAAUUCAAACCAUUUGUA